AUGGCGGACUCGCUAUCGACAGGUCCGGGAGAGGAGAAGGAGAAGGAGGACAGGGAGAGGGAUAGGAAGGCUGCCAAAACAGAGACGAACAUCGACAAGGACGGAGUCACGGAGACACUGAGCUUCAACGACAAAAACGGCAACAAUAAGGGACGGAGACGAAACCUGUCAGAUCUGUCUCUGGUCAGGUUUAUAACUACUGAGCUCACCAGAGGCUAUUUCCUGGAACACAAUGAGGCCAAAUACACCGAACGCAGAGAGAGGGUCUACACCUGCCUCCGCAUCCCCAAGGAGUUAGAGAAAUUGAUGACAUUCGGCUUCUUCCUCUGUCUGGAUGCCUUUCUCUACGUCUUCACACUGCUGCCCCUCAGGGUGCUGCUGGCCCUAUUACGGCUCCUUACAUUGCCAUGCUGUGGUCUCGGUGGCUCCCGCCUGCUGCAGCCAGCUCAGGUGUGUGAUGUGCUGAAAGGCUUCAUUAUGGUGCUGUGCUACUCUAUGAUGAGCUACGUGGAUUACUCCAUGAUGUACCACCUCAUCAGGGGACAGUCUGUCAUCAAACUCUACAUCAUCUACAACAUGUUAGAGGUGGCGGACCGCCUGUUUUCAUCUUUUGGCCAGGACAUCCUAGACGCUCUGUAUUGGACGGCCACAGAACCGAAAGAGAAGAAGAGAGCGCACAUAGGCGUGAUUCCUCACUUCCUCAUGGCUGUGCUCUACGUCUUUCUUCAUGCCAUCCUCAUCAUGGUUCAGGCCACUACUCUUAAUGUAGCCUUCAACUCCCACAACAAGUCCCUCCUCACCAUCAUGAUGUCAAACAACUUUGUGGAGAUCAAAGGAAGCGUGUUCAAGAAGUUUGAAAAGAACAACCUUUUCCAGAUGUCGAAUAGCGACAUAAAAGAGAGGUUCACCAACUACAUCCUCCUGCUCAUCGUCUGUCUGAGAAACAUGGAGCAGUUCUCGUGGAACCCAGACCACUUGUGGGUGCUGUUUCCUGAUGUAGUCAUGGUGAUAUGCUCAGAGGUUGCUGUGGACGUUGUCAAGCACGCUUUCAUCACCAAAUUUAAUGACAUCAGUGCCGAUGUAUACGGUGAAUACAGAGCCAGCCUUGCCUUUGACCUCGUCAGCAGUCGACAGAAAAAUGCUUAUACAGACUACAGCGACUCAGUAUCCAGAAGAAUGGGCUUCAUCCCUCUUCCUUUAGCUCUGCUGUUGAUCAGAGUAGUGACCAGCUCAGUGAAGAUCCAGGGUUCACUCUCAUUUAUGUGUGUGCUGCUGUUUUACUUGGGGACGAUCACUCUGAAGGUGCUCAACAGUAUCGUUCUGCUGGGGACAUCUUGUGUGUUCGUCAAAGAGGCCAACAUGGAAGAAAAGCUCUUCGACCCUCCACCCUCCGCCGCUUCUAGCCGUGUAAACUCCAGAGCUCACCGGACAAAACAUGGUAGCACUGCACCACCACAAGAACCCACAGUCGACAAAGCAGGAAUAUCUCUGGCAUCCGUCAUCCCUCAGCCUGCAGACGUGGCAGAGAGCGCCGCCCCCACAAUACCAAAGAGCGACUCGGACACCUUCCUAACUACGCCUGACGAGGAGGAGGAUGACAAAAUCAUCAAUGCCGACACGGGACUGGAAGGGGACGGACUGAAACAUAGAACGCCCAAGAAAGACUUGCUGGAGAUAGACCGCUUCACCAUUUGUGGCAACCGAAUUGACUAAAUGCCACAGGAACAAGCAAUCAGUGUCCUGGCAACACAGCAAGGUUCAGGGAUCAGACACGGGUCGUGGGAGCAUGCUCAAAGCAGACUUAUUCUCGUUCACCUGACCCCAGGAGUAUUUAUUAAUUUAUUACUGACAAAACCAGCCAAGGCAUAAAGCUGUUACUAGAAGAGGCCACGUCAGGCAUUCCAGCUGGUCCGGUCCUUGUCUUGUGAACCAGGUAGACUCUGAGAAGUAGCUGUGGUUGUCAUGGCGAGUCUGCACAGCCUGCAGACAUGCACACUGAUGACAACGAUGGGGGGGAAACUGGCAUGCACAGCUGGAGCAGAGGACGAAGAGAGAAACAAAUCUUCAUCUGUGAAACUGUACAAAAUGUACAAAAUGUGUCUCUGUGUGAUCAUAAGAUCAUUACAGCUGGACUGUGCGAGAGUGUGUGUGUUUGUGUGCUUGUGUGUGUGUGUAUGUGUGUGUUCAAAAGCACAAUCGUGUAUAGUGAGGAGUUGUUUUGAGAAAGAACAAAACUUGUCAAUUUUUAUUUUUUUUUCAAAAACUAUGAAAAUAUGUAAUAUUUGAAAUGAAUUUUUAUGAAAAAUCUCAGACAUUUUUUUCUAAAAUUGACAGCAUUCAGCUGCAGGUCAAAGACUCACAAUCACAUUAACACAUCGUUGAACUCUCGAAGUCGUUGUGCAGACACACACCUGUUUGAAUUGAGUUACAGUGACGAGCCCAGAUGUCCAUAGCCAAAGUCUGCCAGUUUUAAUUAUGACAGCAAUAACACUAAGUACAGUCUUGCAUGAGUGCACUGUCUUCACUCGCGGCUUGGUCAGAGUUGACUUUAACUUUUAGAUACAGGUAAAGUUUGGAGGUUUUAUUAUCAUGCCAUUUGUGUUGAUAUUGUUACUUUAAGGCACUGAGAUAAAACAGCGCCUGUUUAUAAAGGCACUAGAAGUUAAUUUGAAGUGAACGCCAAGUUUUGAAACUAUUUAAUUUUCAAGUGAUUUUUUUUUGUUUCAAAUCAGUUUCUUAUCAAUAUGUUUCAUGUGCACCCUCCUCGUUCCAGCAUGUAGCCUACAGAUAGUCAUGACAACAACACAGGCACACAGCAACUUUCUUAUGUUGGGAACUGUGAUCUGAAGAAGUGUCUUUGUGUUUCACCGUUGUGUGCUUGCUCACAUUUUAGUUUUGUCGCUUUCAGUGUGACACUGGCAUCGCAGCAUCAACUGAUGUUUCCUAAUUCUUCAACGUUCUCUCGACAGCGAUAAGAAAAAGAUGAAAUGUGUGCUGUUAAAAUCUUUAAGUUUAUGUGAAGACUAAGACACAGAUGUAAAGGUUGAAUAACCUCUAAAUAACAGGAGAUCAGACAUUUUAAAGUCUGUGUAAAGUAAGAAUAAAUAUGUGUUCUGGGUUUGACAUACCACAGAAAAGUGUGUUGUUAACCAUCCUGCCAAAUUUGAAUGAUUAAAAAAAUUGAUGAAAUAUAUGAAAUUAGGCUUCAAAGUUGUGUACAAAUCAGCUUCUUUCUCUGCUCCUAAACGCUGUGGGAGUGCCCGCCAAGUACGCUGAAACCCCGCCCCCUACCAUGUGUCACCUGUCAAUCAAAGUCACCACCUCUACCAGAAACCUUUCUUAAAUACAGUUUAUGCCAGAAACAUGGACGCAACUUCUGAUGGGGCGUUCAGACCAAAAGCGUCUGACGUGAAUUGUCUACAAAGAAAAUCAAUGUAAAUGGCGCGAUAACACACGGUUUCAUAUCAGGCGACGCGAAUGAAGUUGGAAAAAUUGAACUUUUCAGGCGACAUCGCACCGCGAUAUCCAAUCAGCAGCGAGUUUCUCCCGACGUCACAAACGCAAAUGAAGCAAUGAUCCAAAAAUUGAUAUUUAUGAUCAAGUGACUUUUUCCACGUCAGACUUUUGGUGUGAACGCAGCUUGAGAGCUUUCUGCUGCUAACUCGGCGGCUAGCUCGGCGGCUAGCUCGGCUAACUGUAGACUGUUUUAGUAGUAGUGUGCGCUGAAUGUAUUUAUACCUCUACAGCAGCAGAGGUGAGCACUACACAGUAUAAUUUAACUGGUUCAUUUGUUGAACAGCAUCUACACCUUUACACCUUUCUCUGCAGUUUAGUUUUACACCUCCCUUCUUAAUGAAAGUCACUGUUUCACAUGGUAGCAGCGUGCUUAAUUUCCUCUUUACUGUUUAUUAUUUAGAGGUGAUUCAACCUUUACAGCUGUGUCUUGAGCCUUCAGGUGACCUUUAAGACUUUACCUGCAAACAUGUGAUCUGCUCUGUGAUUUUUCACUCAGAGAAUAGUAAAGAAGAACUAGAAAACAGCAACCAGUAACUCUUUAAACAUAACUAUGACAUGAGAAUUUUAUUAACAUACAGUUGACUUGGGAAGAAUCCAAAAAUACCUUUAAAAGCUACCUAUACUGUUUCUGCUUUGUAGUGCCUGGCCAGAAGCCAGAAACAAGUGCAAUCUUACUACAGUCAUAGUGUGAACCGUGUCUGAGAGAGAGAGAGAUAGGUCAUUUGCAGUGCAUUAAUGGAUCUUGCCACUCUUAAGACAUACUACAUGUAUGAAACGUAUUUCACUGUUUUUAUUUUUCCAAGUACGACCCUUGUGUGUAAAGCGUCUUCUACAUGGUAGAAGGAGAAUAAAACAAGAUUUUGUUUUGUAACCCUUUCUGAUGUGAUGUGAAUGUCUCA